CACAAACAAAUGAUUGAAACUCUUGUUGUUUACAAUUUUGUAAUCAUCAGAGUUUGCAGACUUGUGGACACAGUUUGAGACAAUUAUUUGUGACAAUAGCUAUGAGUCAGAGGUAUAACGCGAGACGUAGGACGAGGUCUUCGUGCGAUCACGAGAACAGUGCGGAUCAGCUGAAGAUUAUCCACGGAAUCGCUUUCUAUAAGAAUAGGAACCAUUGGUCUAAAGUGUGUUCAGUUCUCAAGAGAUUUAAAAAGGACUCAAAAUUUUGCGAUUUUCAACUCAAAGUCGAGGACAAGACCUUCGAUGUCCAUAGAGUCAUAUUAAGCGCUUCCAGUCCUUACUUCGAGGCCUUGUUUUCAAACGAUUUGCUCGAAAAAGAGUCCAAAUUUGUUGAACUCAAAGACAUUUCGGCCAAAAUCUUCGAGGAACUCAUUGAAUACAUAUACUCUGGAGAACUGUCCAUCAAUGGAGACAAUGUCCAGGAAUUGGUUUCUGUGGCCAAUCGCCUCGAGUUGAGUGAAAUUGUGACCAUUUGUUGCCAAUAUAUGACUAAACAAUUGGAUCCAAUCAAUUGCAUCGGAAUCUUAAGAUUCUCUGAAUUUCAUUCAUUUACUUCUUUGCGCUUCGAUUCCAAGCGUUAUAUCGAAAGACAUUUCGCGGAAGUCGUCAAAGAAGAGGAAUUCUAUGACUUAUCUAAAGAACUGUUAAAAAGCUUUCUUCGCAGCGAAGGUCUUAGUAUUGAUAAUGAGUUUCAAGUAUUGGAGGCAACGGUUAAGUGGAUUCUCAAAGACCAGUCCAAUCGGUUCCAACAUUUCGACGAACUCAUGGAAUGCGUGAGAAUUCCUGUCAUUCCUAUCAAACAAUUUGAAGCGUUUAUCAAUGACUGUAAUCAUGAAGAGCUGAAGACUAAACUGGAAUCAGUUCUUCACAGCCAUAAGGAGGCCAUCGCUUCUGUGGAGAGCAAUAAAAAGCUGAACUUAAUUGCCAUCAAUUGUCACAACAGUUUAGUUAAUAAUGGCUUUUAUGAGGUGCGGUGGCAGCCGAGGAUCAACGCUCGCAAAUACAUUUACGUCAUCGGAGGUAUCCAUCAGUCCAGUCAUCGCUGGAAUGACGCAAAGCCCGUCGCCAUCACUGAACGGUUAGACAUACUUCGCGGUCAAUGGAAAGCACAGCCGAGUCUUCAGUAUCCGCGCAGCUGUCACUGCAUUGCUGUCCUCAAUGGCCAGUUGUAUGUCGCGGGCGGUGAAUGCGAUUCACUCAUCUUAGACAGCGUCGAGGUCUAUGACCCGCAGAAUAAUGAGUGGACUAAAGGCAAGAGUUUGCGACAACCGCGCUCUUGCUUUGGUAUGUGUGCCGUCGACUCAUACAUCUAUGCGUUCGGCGGUUGGAUCGGCAAUCUGGUCGGCAAUAGCAUCGAGAGAUACGAUCCCAUCACCAAUGAGUGGAAUAUUUACGAUAAGUUACCGGACAUUAGGUUUGCGAUGGGAGUCAUCACUUUCGAGGGACUCGUGUAUAUCAUCGGAGGCUUUAAUGAACAGAACCGCGUAUUGAAGAGUGUUAUCAGUUAUAAUCCGGUGACCCAUGAGUUCAGGAAGUUGUCCGAUAUGAAUCAGAGUAGGGCUUACUUCGGGUGCACUGUAUUGCAUGGCAUGAUAUACGUUGUCGGCGGCACUAAUGACAAGAAUGUCGCCCUCUCUUCAGUCGAGAGAUAUAACAUCCAUGAAAAUGUAUGGUCGCGAGUGUCCAACACCCCGAAGGCGCGCAUAUCUUCGUGUGCCUGUGCUGUCAAUGAAUGCCUUUUAGUAUUUGGAGGCAAAACAUCUGGCGAUGAGUUCUCCAUUCCUAAUACUAUGGAUUCCGUGGAUAUCUUUGAUCCGGAAUCUAAUAAAUGGAACGAAAGUAUUCCUCUUCCGACCAGUCGUUCCGAAGCGGCCGUCGCUGUCAUCUGAGGCUUACGUGAAAUAAAUUAAUUAUAAUUAUAGAAUACUUUUAUUCAAUUUGUUUCAUAUAUUAUAACAAUCCGUAAAGUAUUGAGCGCUUAGUUUUCGAUCAGUUCUAUC